AUGAUGCUACUCAUAAAACACUGUUCUCCAGAUAACAGGGUUUGCUGCAGCCAUCCUUGCAGUGUCUCCAUGGGCCUUCCUCAGUGGCAAGUAUGGUACUUUCAAGAAAUCAUGAACCCCAAGCCCAGCAUGGCCUUAGUAGGAAUGUGGAGAACCUGUAUCUACCACUAUAACAACUACUCCGGCAAUGUCCAAGUAUGUCACCAAUACACCUACCAUGACUCCUUCAUCCCUUUGGAUAUUCAAGUAUCACAACACCUGGUUCUGGGGUCUAGCUUUUGGGGGAUGAUUGGGACAGCCUCUAAAAUUGUUGCUCUUUGGAAUUUGUACACAGAGAAGGCACAGGAGAAUACCACCCACAGUUUAUUUUGCCUUCCAGGGAUUCUGAACAUCCUUGCUAGCAGCUUUGUCUUUUUUGCUGUAUUGUACAAUUAUUUAUCCAUCAUAUUCAAGAAAGAUAUUGCUUUCCCACUAUCUUUCCACAUGCCCUCCUUCCCAGAUACCCAGAAGGCUGGAAAUUCCCUGGCAGUGGCAACCCUUUCUUCAUUCUUCUUUGAAUUAAGUGGUACAAUUUUCUUAUCUUUGUCUUUUCACCUGGACACUACAGCUCAUUCUAAGAUGUAA